AGGAAGCUUUCGUUGAAUAUCCCUCGUUUAUAUGGCUCUGCUGACAGAAAACUUGUUUUUCGAUGUAGAGUGUUUCAUGAAUUUUAAACGUCAUGUUAGAACUUGACAAAUUUGCGUACCGUGUUCUUGUUAUACUACUCAGUUAUUUAUGUUAUGCAGUGAUUUGCCUCGAACCAGCUGAAAUUGACGCCUACCCACUUAGUUCACUGGUUCACUCUUCUACCAAUAGCAUUCAGUUAUCUUCCCGGAUUACAAAGAGUAUAAGAAGAGACCUCACGAGUAAUUUCCGUGACAUUAUUGUCAAAUCUAACAAUGACAACAACUACGUUUGUGGCUUGGCCAAUCAGCCUUCAAACAACAAUUAUUCCAAUAAUGGCCCGUGGACCAAGAUCGUCGGAGGAGUCGAAACAGCACCCCACGAAUUCCCAUGGCAAGUAUUUCUCGUCCUUCAUAAAACCAAUGACGAAAGUUUCGCCUGCGGAGGUAGUUUGAUUAGCGAUCGAUGGAUUCUCACAGCGGCUCACUGUUUAAUAAAUACCAACUUGAUUCAUAUUACGCUGGGAGCCCAUGAUCUCGAAGAUGAAGGCGAAGUGCAUCAAGAACGAUAUACCAGUCGUGAAUACCUUAUUCAUCCGGAUUGGGAUUCUGAGACUCUACACGCUGACAUUGCACUUGUCCGACUUCCGGCCACCAUCUCCUUCUCAAUUUCAGAAUACAUUCAACCCGUAUGUCUGGAUAGCCCAUCCGAUCCCGCAGUCGACUAUGUAAACGACACUGUCCUACUGACUGGAUGGGGCCUUACAAGUGAUGAAAGUGGAGGAGUAAGUUCAGUCCUUCGUAAAACGAUGGUGAAAGUGAUCACAAACGAGAAAUGUUUAGAACAAUACGACAGCGUGAUAACAGACGAAAUGAUUUGCACGAGUGGAGAAGACCAUCAAGGAUCUUGCCACGGCGACAGUGGAGGACCAAUGAAUUUCAGACAGGCAGAUGGCACUUGGAAGCAAAUAGGAAUCGUUUCGUUCGGUUCCAAUCAAGGCUGUGAAAGUGGCUAUGCCAACGGUUUCACGCGCGUCAGCUCUUUUUCCUCUUGGAUUAAAAAUACUAUAAUCCAAAGAGAGGCUGCAAACAGGUCGACUAGCAUCUUGGCCCCUAAACAGCCAUUAGUUAUGGUGCUGUUACUAUUACUGGCUCUGCUAUUUGAAGAGGUGAAUCUAAAUUAAAAGAACAUGUCCAUCAAAAUGUCUGUGGCAACA